GAGUCUCGUUUUGGGUUCGGACUCAGAUUCGCGUUGGCUUCGCGUUCGGUUUGUUAUUUUUUGGCAUUUUGUUCGAUUUUUCGUGCCGCCAUCUAAUAAAAAAGCUGUACACAGCGUACGUACAUGUGCGGAGAGCGCUCCCGUCGAGAACUUGCGAGGCAGCCAUCAAAAAUAACUAAAAAUGUAGUCGGCCAGCGACACAUCCCGAAAUAAAACGCAAAAGUGCACCGAAAACAAUCGCCAGGCGGCAAAGUGUUGAGUAAACAACGCAUAAUUUACCUGAGUGCUGCACAACGCUGCGUAUACGCAACAUCGCCCCAGCAGGAAGGGGAGGAGGCAGCAGUGGGAGGAGUGGCAGGGCGCAAGCAGCGGUCUGAUGUGAUGAAGAAGCGCCAAAUGAGAAGUGGACUGGCCCUUCAGAAGCAAUUUCGCGAUCGUCUGCAGUUUGCUUUUUGCAACAUUGCAACUGCAACUGCAACUGCAUCUGCAUCUGCGUAUCUGUGUGUAUCUGCCAGGCCGCUGCACUGGUAGAAGUACAUAUCUGUGCGAAUUUCGGCUCGUUUCGGGGGUGUCUGUGUGAGCACGUGCAUCUGUGUGCGCCGCGAACUGCGCCUGUGUUCGCGGCCCGUUGCAAUUGCAAUUUUUCGCCCCCACUUCCUCCAGCUCCCUCGCUCCGUGCCUCGCCAAGUCGUGCCAUUGCCUGCCGCAAUCAGCAUUUUGAGUUGAACCAAAGGAAUAUCGCAUCAAUUACACCUUGAAAACCCAUUUUAAACAAACAGAGGCAAAAGAUAAAAUAUCAUUUCAAAUAAAAAAGCUAGAGUAACAACUUUCGGUAAACGGAAGGUCCAACUACAAAAACAAGUUUAUAAACCAAAAUAAAUAAAUGAGACACUUAAGAAGAAAGGAAUUUAAAAUUUGAUCAACAUGAAGAGAAACAAAUAACCGGCAGAAACCACAGCGGCGAUAAGCCCAGCACAGCUAAGAAAGCCAAGAAAACCCGCAAAAAUGUGCGUCAGAAGUCAAUAAAGAGGAGACUUCGAAAUAAACGACAGCGACGUGAGAGCCACAGGCAAAGUCAACUGUAUCUCCAAGAAAAUAACAGCCCCUAACUAAAGCAACCAACUAAGCCGAGGAUCAGCAGCAAUGGCCAUCAAUUUUUCGGCCUCCUUUGCGGCCUGCAUAGCAGCCGGACUGAAGGUGCCGCGCCAGAUUAUGUACUGCAUCACGCAGGACACCGGCCAGCCGUACGUGCUCUACAAGGACUCGCAGGACGCGGACCGCAACCCCGGCGCCCUAGGCGCCAGUCCCGCCCAGUGGGGCAGCGACAUGUACCCCAACAUCCAGCAGCAGGCGCAGCAGCACCUGACCGCCCAGCAGCAGCAACAGCAGCAGCAGAACGCGGCGCAGGCGGCCGCCCAGGCGGCAGCUGUGGCGGCGGCGGCGGGACAGCCGCAGAGCCCUCCGGGCGGAGGGCAGGAAGCGCGGGACAACGGCAGCGGCGACGGCCGCCAGCAGCAGGUGUCGCCCUCCUCGAGUCCGUAUCCCUCGGUCCAGCAGCAACAGCAGCAGCAGCAGCAGCAGCGGGCAAACGGGGCAGGCGACGAGGACCCCAUGAACCAGCUCGCCAACCAGCAGAACUCCGCGCCCAACCAAAACCAAAGCAGCGCCGACCCCCAGCACACGGGCUCCAAUGCGGGCGAGCCGGGCAACCCGCACGUCCAGCAGAACGGCGGACCCCAGACCGAUCCCGGCAACGGUUUCCAGACCCCUGACUACUACGCCCCACGGCACGCGGCGCCCCAGGGCGGAAUGCUGGCGCCGCCCGGCUUCCCGCCGCUCCACUAUCUGAACAAGGGCGUACUGCCAAUGGAGCAGUCCGGCGGCGGCGGGGGCGGGGGCGGUGAGGCUUACGCGCUGCCCGAGCUGCUGCCCGCCCAACAGAACGGCCAGCAGAACGCCGGGACGGCGAACGCCAAUGCCAAUGAAGGCGGUGCGGGCGCCAACGGGGGCGGAGUGGGCGGUGCGGGAGCGGGAGCGGGCGUGGGUUCGGUGGGCGUGACGAGCGGCGGGAGGACGGGCAAUGGCCCGGGACGCCCGCACAAGAACAAGCCGCACAGCGACCUGCGGCUGUUCAAGUGCCUCACCUGCGGCAAGGACUUCAAGCAGAAGAGCACGCUGCUGCAGCACGACCGCAUCCACACGGACGCGCGCCCCUUUCCGUGCUCCGAGUGCGGCAAGCGGUUCCGCCAGCAGUCGCACCUCACGCAGCACCUGCGCAUCCACGCCAACGAAAAGCCCUUCACCUGCCCGUACUGCUCGCGCAGCUUCCGGCAACGCGCCAUUCUCAACCAGCACAUACGCAUCCAUUCGGGUGAGAAGCCCUUCGCCUGCCCCGAGUGCGGCAAGCACUUUCGCCAGAAAGCCAUCCUCAAUCAGCAUGUGCGCACCCACCAAGACGUCUCGCCCCACCUCAUCUUUAAGAACGGGCCGCACCCGACCCUGUGGCCCUCGGACGUGCCCUUCCCCGGCGAGGAGAACGACACCAAGGGCGACAUCGCCGGCACGGGCGGCGGCUACCACGACGAGGACUCGCAGGGAACGCCGGACGGCAGCGGCGGCAUGCACUACCCGUCGUACUUCAAGGACGGCAAAGAUCCUCACACAGGCCAAAAGAUACUGCCCGAGGUGCUGCAGCACAUCGGCGUGCGGCCGGCCAACAUGCCGCUCUACGUGCGGUGCCCCAUCUGCGACAAGGAGUUCAAGCAGAAGACGACGUUGCUGCAGCACGGCUGCAUCCACAUCGAGUCGCGGCCGUAUCCCUGCCCGGAGUGCGGCAAGCGCUUCCGCCAACAGUCGCACCUCACGCAGCACCUGCGCAUCCACACCAACGAGAAGCCCUUCGGAUGCAUGUACUGUCCGCGCUUUUUCCGCCAGCGGACCAUUCUCAACCAGCACUUGCGCAUCCACACCGGCGAGAAGCCCUACAAAUGCGGUCAGUGCGGCAAGGACUUCCGCCAGAAGGCCAUCUUGGACCAGCACACGCGCACCCACCAGGUAGGAGAUCGCCCGUUCUGCUGUCCGAUGCCCAAUUGCCGUCGGCGCUUUGCCACGGAAAACGAGGUGACGAAGCAUAUCGACAACCACAUGAAUCCCAACACCACCAAGGUGCGCCGCCAGCAACAGCAGCAACACCAACAGCAGCAGCAGCAACAGCAACAACAACAGCAGCAGCAGCAGCAGCAACAGAGCAACAACGCCGUCGCCCAGGUGGCCUCGGUGGCCAAUCACCUGAUGAACGACGCUAAGAGCCUGGCGGCCCAGCAGUUCCUCAACAACAACAAUCCCUCGACGGUGGACAACAAGGCCAACAUCCUCCCGGUGCGCAGCAUAGCGUCCAACGCGGCGGCCGCCGCAGUCGUGCAGCAGUCGGUGGUGAAGAACGAGCUCUACUUCCCACAGUGCUACGGACCGCCCUUCCAGCACCCCUUCCAGACGCAGCAGCAGCAGGCCCAGCAGCCCAGCGUGGCGCACGCCAACGGAGGACCCACGCCGCCCGUAACCGUGACGGUGGCCAACUCGGUGGCCUCCGGCGUGGUGGUGCAGCAGAACGCUUCCGCCUCCGUGGUGGCCCAGUGACAUCCCACCACUGGAGCACCCGGGGCCCAACAACCGCAGCAGCAGCAGCCUCCGGCGACGCAGCAGCAACACCACGCGCCGCCGCCUCCGCCGCCCACGUCCUCUGCCCAUCACAUCGCAGCAGCGGCGGCCGCUGUCACCGCGGCCACGCCCUCUUCCGCCCACGCCUCACCUGUGGCGGCGCCGCAGACUGUGACGCUCUCGAUUACGCUGCCGCCGCCUCCGGCUUCCCACGCGGUUCAUCCGGGUCACCCGGGGCAUCCGGGACAUCCGGGGGUGGCCAACGGAGCUGGGCCCCCGCCGCCACCAACCCUGUCACACGCGAUUCCCAUUCACCCCCACAUACACUCGAUAUUCGGAUCUCUAUGAUGUCAUCAGUAGGAGAGACAGGAGCAGAAGGCGAGAAUGCAAACUUGAGGAACACACACUAUUCACGAUAUUUCAUAGGUUCGCUUAGUUCCCUAGUAUUAGACGCAAACAAAUUCUCCUAGUUUUUAAAACUAAUCUUAAAGCCACAAAACACAGUUUUGGUGAUGGAAAACGAACGAACCGAGAGCAGCUGAACAGCGAGAAGCAGGCACGUAAACAGGACGAGUACUAGUCUUUUUGAAAAGGACUCUAAACUCCUUUAAUACGAACCAUAAACAUGAAAUGCAAUGGUCAAUGUUUCAGAGAAGCAACUGCAGAAAGAAGGAGAAGCGAGAGCCAAACACAACGUUAUACGAUUCCUUUUUAAUAAUUUUGUUUAAGCACCCCAACAACUUUAAAGACUAAAAAUACAUCAAAUAUUUAUAUACACACAAACACACGAACACUCAAGAUCGUGCUAAGUUCGUCAUCCUUGAUUUUGACACAAUCGACCGAAGAUAUACGAUAUACGGCGUAAUGUUAGGAUAGCUCCGAUAUAGUGAGUAUGGACAUGUGACGUGAUAGAUAGGGCAGCUAGAACCUUUUUGGGGCGAAGGACGAGGGGCGCGUAAGGAUGUGGAAAAGAGUAGUGGAAGCGAAACGCAGAAGUUGGCGCUGAGCAAUUUGAUUUUUAAGCAGCAUCUAAGUUUUAGUUCUGUUCGUCAGAUAUGUUGAUACAUUGGAGUUUUUCUUUAAUGAUAUGGUUGAUCUGAUUACGCUGGGUAAUGUCUUGGCUAAGCCAAGAGGAUUGGCCGGGGCCACCAAACUCUUAUUAGAAUUUCUUUUUCAUUUCAAUUGAUAUGUGAUUUUAAAAGUGUAUAAAACAAUACUGAAAUGCAAUUUAUUGAUACGAAAAAUGAAUAAUAAGUUAUAAAACCAUAGGUACUUUGAACUAGGAUUCAUUUGUUGUCUUCCCCUACUAAUUAUGUGUAACUUAUGUUGAGUUUUUAUUUAGUUAUUAGGCAUACGUUUAACCCAAUUAUGUCCACACAAUUGCACACCCACAUAAGGCAUGCAAACAAAUGAGCAGGAACAUCAAGGUUACGUAGCAGGCAAUAAAAUGUGACUCUUCAGGUGCCAUACAAAUGAACAAUAGUCAAAAGAUAAUAGUUGAAAAAGAACCAACCUUCCAACCCAUACUCAAUCUGAUCCACCAUUUUAAGAACCACCCGACUUUUCACCAACCACUUUCUUACCCUGCCAACUGUGUGGAUAUAAUCGACCAAUUUAGUUUUUUAUCAAAUUUUCCAAUGUACCGUCAAAGCAUUUAUGAUUGUUAUUAAUCGUUUAGUAUAUGUUUCCUUCAUAUUUAUAUAUAAAGUACACUUAUUUUAUGUAUAGGUAUGUAAAGAAAAAUCGCGAAAGAGCAUAAAUUAACUUUAGUUUAGUCGGUUCACCUUAAAAAGUAUCUACUCAUUAUUUCAUAAAUUUAGUAAUUAGUCAAUUAAGUUUCUAUUGGAAUCAAAGCAAGUGCUCCGAAUACGAUUUGUUUUCACUGUUUUAAACUUAAAGAUUAUCAAUUAUGUUUGCAUAUAUUAUUUAAUUAUUUCAAUAAAAAAAUUAUAUGAUUUAUCUGA